AUGUUCGCUGUUUCCGCGUCUUCUCUAUUGGUUUCCGUCAUUAUACAUGCUUUAGUAGACAAAAUUGCAAAAUUUUCAAACCCUUUUCGUCACGAGCUAAACGAGAGUCGAGAAUCAAAGCCAAAAUAUGUUCAAAGACAGUGUUUUAUCUGGCAAAAUACGUGUGUAUCUCUUGUACACGCUAUCGUGUCAGGUAUAUGGUCUUUGUCAACGUUUUACAUUGAACCUGAUUUCCUCAUAGACUUAAUAAAUCUGUCUACAUGGAGAUCUAUUUCGCUUGUAUCCUACUCUCUUGGUUACUUCAUCUUCGAUUCAUUUCAUAUGGUUAUAUUACACCCUUUUCGGUCUACGGCUGAGUUGUUGGUGCAUCAUUUUGUCAUAUUUUUGUGCUUCUCAUCUGCAUUACUAUCCGGGAAAUAUAUAGGUUAUGCAGUUGUUUCACUUCUUCCUGAAGUUAACUCAAUCUUCUUGCACCUGCGGAGAAUGAUGAAUUAUCUUCACGUACCCAAGAAAAACCGCUUCUUUCGUGCAACUUGUCUGUUAAACAUUGGUACAUUCAUUGUGUUCCGAUUCAUGGUAUUAUCCUGGAUGACUCGUUGGAUCGUCAUUAAUCGGGAUCUAAUCCCCUUCGGAUAUUACUGUCUUGGUUCAGUUGGCCUUGCUGUGUUAAUGGUUAUGAAUAUCGUUCUAUUUAUUCGGGUUGUUUAUGCUGAUUUUUUAACAAAUAAUACAGUUUCCAGUGCAGCGUUGUUAGUUUCUUCAGCUGGUUCUGGUACAAGUGCACCUGGAAAACCUCAUCUCUCGGUGCAUUCAUCUUAUGUUUCUGCACAUUAA